UAAUAAUCAGUUGUCUUCGUCGAAGCCUCCGUCUGGAAUUGCUCCCGCCACCAGCGUUCAUGAAUUGCUCGAAUGCCCUGUUUGCACCAAUUCUAUGUACCCUCCAAUCCAUCAGCGAGCUGCAAGCCAUCCCUAAGAGUCCACAAUUCUACAGCUACUCAUGAGGUGCAUUUGUCUUUUGAUGCAAUCGAGCAACCCCGUGCCUCUCUCUCUCUCUCUCUCUCUCUCUGAGGAUCCCUUCUCCAAUGGCUCUGCCUGCGUUUUUCUUUUUUCAUGGGACCAUCUGCGUUAAGCUUAAACUCUGUCUGAUGGAGGAAUCCAUUUAAUCAGCCUGAAAAUGGAUGGAGUUUCAUUGUGCGUGAACCUGCUAUAUGAUGGACAGUAUCAGUGUAACCUUGGGAAUGAGGCAAAGAAGGUUUUUAUGACUAUCUGGAUCUUCUCUUUUCGUUGGUGUAGCCUCCACAACCACUCUAAAGAGACAGAGAUGCACUGGAUCGGUUAUGCUGGAGGAACCUUAGGUGAAGGCCAUCAGGCCCUGGCAAUUUCUAUAAAGUGUCACAAUGGGCAUACUCUGUGUUCCACCUGUAAAACAAGGGUGCAUAACCGCUGCCCGACUUGUAGGCAAGAGCUUGGUGACAUUAGGUGCCUAGCACUGGAGAAGGUAGCUGAAUCCCUUGAACUCCCUUGCAAGCAUUAUUCUUUGGGGUGCCCGGAGAUAUUCCCGUAUUACAGCAAACUCAAGCAUGAGGCAGUUUGCAACUUCAGACCAUACAACUGCCCAUAUGCUGGUUCAGAGUGCUCUAUUACGGGGGAUAUUCCUUUUCUGGUUUCCCAUCUGAAAGAUGACCACAAGGUAGAUAUGCACACAGGAUGCACAUUCAAUCAUCGGUAUGUGAAGUCCAAUCCCCGUGAAGUAGAAAAUGCUACUUGGAUGCUAACAGUUUUCCACUGUUUUGGCCAAUACUUCUGCCUUCACUUUGAAGCAUUCCAGCUGGGCAUGGCUCCUGUCUACAUGGCGUUCCUCCGUUUUAUGGGUGAUGAAAAUGACGCCCGCAAUUACACCUACAGUCUAGAAGUUGGGGCAAAUGGGAGGAAGCUCACAUGGGAAGGCACCCCACGGAGCGUCAGAGAUGGCCACCGGAAAGUUAGAGAUAGCCACGAUGGUCUCAUUAUACAGCGAAACAUGGCGCUUUUCUUCUCUGGUGGGGACAGGAAGGAGCUGAAGCUGAGAGUUACUGGGAGGAUAUGGAAAGAACAACAGACCCCAGAUGGUGGAGUGUGCAUACCAAACCUCAGCAGCUGAGUCAGGUGAUUCUGAUUCAUGAGAGAAAUUAUCGAGUGGUCCAAGACCAUCUGUCCUGUAAGAACUCUAGGACCUGACCGCUGAAUGAGUUUUAUUCUUGGAGGCAUUUUGAAGAUUGUGUUUGUGUCAAGCCCCUCUCUUAUUUGUCGUGAGUUUUUCUGCUGUGUUAUGUACCGGAAAGUUUGACAUGUAUACACUUGCAAAAGGUUUUGGUUAUUAUAAAUUGUUUGAUGAACA